AUGACGAUGGAAACGGUUGCAGUUGCGGUUUCAGUAACAACCAUACCUGAAAUGCACAAGAAGAACAGAAUUCAGGUGUCCAACACCAAGAAACCCCUCUUCUUUUACGUCAAUCUCGCCAAGAGGUACAUACAGCAGCACAAUGAGGUUGAGCUUUCUGCUUUGGGCAUGGGUACUUAUCUUGAAUAUUCUUUCAUCAUCGUUCUCCCUUUCACUGCUCAUGUGAUAAUGAAAUGA